AUGUCACGUACGGACCUCGCGCGCCGGCCGAACGGGGGCAUGUCGGCUCAUGGGUGCAUUAUCCAGGCUGGGUAUGAAUCUCGUGCCGGGCAUGGUCAUGGGCUGAAAACGUGGUCCCUUCGCGGACAGCUUGUACGGGGUUUCGACCUCGCAGAUGAUCUGGUACUUUCGGCAUUACCCGUCAGACAGGACACUGUGAAUUUGUUCUUCCUAAACUCUGUUAAUUGGUACCUUCUCGUCGCUAGGCCAACGACUGGACCACUGGUGCCAUGGACAGCUGCCGCUCAGCUCCUCACAAACAGGUCUCUCCUCAUAACACUCCCGUUAGGCGUUAAGCCUAGUCACUAUUCAGAGUCCGCUCUUGUCUUCGGCGACUUCGUCGUGGCAUUCUGGCGUGUUUCACAUAGGCGUUCUGCAUUGCGUGUUGAGCCUUCGGACAGUGAACAGGCGACCACCCGCCCCGAAUUCAUCGCUCUUGUGCCAAUCGACAUUGGGAUGAGCACCUUGACCGCCGUCACCGACCUAGCGUUGUCCGGAACGCUCGUCGUUCUGCUCGCUCGUGCACGCACUGGUUCCACCGGAGCCAGGCGCCUCAUCAAUAGCUUAAUGAUCUUCACCAUCAACACAGGGCUUGUAACGAGCCUCUUAAACAUCGUCACGGUGAUCUGCCUCGUCCUCUUCCCAGACUACCAGAUCUACCUCGUAUUCUACUACACCGGCGCACGCAAUACUGACCCACCACCAGUGUACACGAUCUCGCUCAUGGCAACGCUCAACGCGCGCGAGGGCUUCCGCGAGAAGGUGAACCGCAUCGGAGACACCUCCCCUCCCCCUCACCUCGCAAACUCCAUUAGCUCCAUCAGAUUCGCGGCCGAGCGCCGCACGUUCGUCGACGCCGCGCCCCGCUCCCGCGCCGGGAUCCACGUCGCGAUCCGGCGCGACACCGCGGUCACCUUCGUGGGCUCCGAGGACGGCUCCUCCGACUACGAGCGCCCGGGUCAGAGCAAGCGCAAGGGCACGGCACGAGCAAGCGCCACCCCGUCUGGCGCGAUCCCGGGGCCGACGCGACUGUACAUGCCGGACAUGCCAUGGCCAUUCGUAUAG